GAUCCUCGCUAAGCUCCGAGUUUAGGCGGCCCCGGGCGUCCCACGAUGCCGAAGAAUAAGAAGCGGAACACGCCCCACCGCGGUGGCAGUGGUGGUGGCGGCGGCGCGGUGGCAGCUGCAGCGACGGCGGCGACGGCAGGUGGCCAGCAUCGAAAUGUUCAGCCCUUUAGUGAUGAGGAUGCAUCGAUUGAAACAAUGAGCCAUUGCAGUGGCUACAGUGAUCCUUCCAGUUUUGCUGAAGAUGGACCAGAAGUCCUUGAUGAAGAAGGAACUCAGGAAGACAUAGAGUACAAGUUGAAGGGAUUCAUUGACCUGACCAUGGAUAAGAGUGCGAAGACAAGGCAGGCAGCUCUUGAAGGUAUUAAAAAUGCACUGGUUUCAAAAAUGCUUUAUGAAUUUAUUCUGGAAAGAAGAAUGACUUUAACUGAUAGCAUUGAACGCUGCCUGAAAAAAGGUAAGAGUGAUGAGCAGCGAGCAGCUGCGGCAUUGGCGUCUGUGCUCUGUGUUCAGCUGGGGCCUGGCAUUGAAAGUGAAGAGGUUUUCAAAACUCUUGGACCAGUCCUAAAGAAGAUAAUUUGUGAUGGAACAGCUAGUGUCCAGGCUAGACAAACUUGUGCAACUUGCUUUGGUGUUUGCUGUUUUAUUGCCACAGAUGACAUUACAGAGCUGUUUUCAACUCUGGAAUAUUUGGAAAAUAUCUUCACCAAGUCCUAUGUCAAAGAGAAAGACACUAAUGUUAUUUGUAGCACCACUAAUACGGUGCUUCAUAUCCGCUCCCUUCUUGCAUGGACAUUAUUACUGACCAUAUGCCCAAUCAGUGAAGUGAAGAAAAAGCUUGAGAUGCAUUUCCAUAAACUUCCAAGCCUCCUUUCUUCUGAUGAUGUAAACAUGAGAAUAGCUGCUGGUGAAUCUUUGGCACUCCUAUUUGAACUCGCCAGAGGAAUGGAGAGUGACUUCUUUUAUGAAGACAUGGAGUCUUUGACUCAGAUGCUUAGGGCUUUGGCUACAGAUGGAAAUAAACACCGUGCCAAAGUGGACAAGAGAAAGCAGCGGUCAGUGUUCAGAGACAUCCUGAGGGCCAUGGAGGAACGGGAUUUUCCAACAGAAACUGUUAAAUUUGGUCCUGAACGUAUGUAUAUUGACUGCUGGGUCAAAAAACAUACCUAUGACACCUUUAAGGAGGUUCUUGGAUCAGGGAUGCAGUACCACCUACAGUCGAAUGAAUUCCUUCGCAAUGUCUUUGAACUUGGCCCCCCAGUCAUGCUUGAUGCUGCAACGCUUAAAACAAUGAAGAUUUCUCGUUUUGAAAGGCAUUUAUAUAAUUCUGCAGCCUUCAAGGCUCGAACAAAAGCUCGAAGCAAAUGUCGAGAUAAGAGAGCAGAUGUUGGAGAAUUCUUCUAGAUUUUUAACACUUGAAGAUCACUUUCUAAUUUCCUUUUUUUUGUGUGUGAUUUCUAAUGUAUUUAAAUUCUGGACAGUUUUUAUCUUGGGUCAACAUAGAUCUAGCUUUUGUAGUGGGGGUUAUAUUAUAAUUUAAUGUACAGUAUUGUGAAUGGUGAGUUCUGAUUAUUGAAUAUUCUCUGUAAAUAUCAGUAAACAUGAAUACAGUGUAUAUAAU